CUACAAGCCCAACCGGAGGAGACCAAGAAGGAGGAGGUGACCAAAUCCAAGGAACAAUUGGAAGCCGAACGUAAAUCGAUUAUCGAACAACGCGUGCCACCGCUCAAUGUCAGUGGCAUGUCAAUCGAACAGCUGAAAGCGAAAGCCAAAGAGUUGCACGAUCUUCUGUUCCGUAUCGAGGGAGAGAACUACGAUCUGGGUCAACGGUUCAAGCGUCAGAGCUACGAUAUGCAAGAGCUGGCUGAACGCGCACGACAGAUGAAUAAAGGACGGGAGCGAAGCUGGGGGUGGCCAAUGGUUGUUAUGUACAGCCAGUACGAGCGUGUCAAAGAUCCCAGAUCGUUCAAAGAACGACGUACUGUGUUCGCUGGUGAAAACUAUGUGGAAGAAUUCCAGAGAAUCGCACCCAAACAUCAGAUUGUCAUGACCGACGAGGGUUUCCAAGUCGUAUCCGGUGGCGAUGGAGACAGUGGCUCGCAUGCGGCUCCGGCUGAAGUUGCUGCUGCCGAAUAA